AUGCCUGAUAGCAAGAUCCCUCAGCCAGGGCCAGCUAAGCUGAAGCGCAAUGCCGGCCCUGAUGAGUGGCUGGAGGCAGCCAAGGACUGCAAGUAUCUCUCAGAACCACACAUGAAGCAGCUCUGUGAGAUCGUCAAGGAAUACAUGAUGGAGGAAUCCAAUAUCCAACCAGUCUCGACGCCGGUCACGGUCUGUGGUGACAUCCACGGUCAAUUCUACGAUCUGCUCGAACUAUUUCGUGUCUCUGGUGGCAUACCUGAUGGCACUGAACUGGACUCGCCAAAAACCUCUCCUUCCGUUAUUACUUCCGCCGAUAUCGAACCCCCAUCCAGCAUCACAGACCCCAAGAUUCGCAAGAAGCUCCGUGGCCCUAGCGUGAACUCCAAGGACGAGGAAGAGACGGGCACCCGAAGUCGAUCGGCCAGUGAUACUUCUGCAGACCUUCAGCUCAACCGCAACUUUGUGUUCCUGGGAGACUAUGUGGACCGUGGAUACUUCAGCUUAGAGACCUUAACGCUUUUGCUAUGUCUGAAGGCGAAAUACCCCGAUCGAGUUACGUUGGUCCGCGGCAACCAUGAAUCGCGACAAAUUACCCAAGUCUACGGUUUCUAUGAAGAAUGCUUCCAAAAAUAUGGCAGUGCAUCAGUGUGGAAGGCAUGCUGUCAGGUCUUCGAUUUCAUGACAUUGGGCGCCAUCAUUGAUGGCAAAGUACUGUGUGUUCAUGGUGGCCUGAGUCCUGAGAUUCGGACACUAGACCAGGUUCGUGUGGUAGCGCGCGCACAGGAGAUCCCCCACGAAGGUGCAUUCUGUGAUCUGGUUUGGUCUGAUCCAGAUGACGUGGAGACUUGGGCCGUCAGCCCUCGAGGAGCAGGAUGGCUCUUCGGAGACAGAGUCGCGGACGAGUUUUGCCAUGUCAACGACCUCUCGUUGAUCGCGCGUGCACACCAACUGGUCAACGAAGGCUACAAAUACCAUUUUAACAACCAAAACGUCGUGACAGUGUGGAGUGCGCCCAAUUACUGCUACCGGUGUGGGAACUUGGCCUCGGUCUGUGAGAUCGGAGACGACCUCAAGCCCACCUUCAAACUGUUUAGUGCAGUUAGUGAUGAUCAGCGGCACGUUCCGACCUCGCGACCAGGCCGCAGCGAGUACUUCUUGUAA